GUUGGGUUAGAGAGACAACUUAGAAUACGAAUAGACAAAUAAAGAUGUCGACAAGGGUAACAUCAUCUUUAUAUUCUAUAUUAUAAUUUGUUUGUUUUAAUGGACACCGUCUCCUCUACUGAUUUGAAAUGAUAUUUGUGCUAUGCAGGUCGUUGGUUGUAUGUGACAGUCCUCAUAUUGCUGUAAAGGAGUUCAACAGUUUACUUGUGCAUUGUUUUAUUGUUUGGUGAUAGUUCAAUUAAAAAAGUAUAGCUCAAAGAUGUUUCCUAAAAUGACCGGCAGAAUGAGAAAAUUUUGUCCUUAUUUUGUUGUGCUGCUAGUGGCUUUCUUUUACGUGGUAGUUAAUCUUCUGACUGACAGUUUUGUUGCCGUUGAAAGUCGUCAUGGUAUUCCAACUCCGGCCAUUCCACGACAAGAACAGAAACCCGUGACAACUGUGCUACAAACAACAACUACUGCUAGGCAACACAUAUGGUAUCGACCGGAAAACAAUCCAUUGUUUUUUACACCCCGCAAAUCUGUUGUUAACCCACUGAACUAUAACGUAGUCAUUUCCGGUGACCCAGAUUGUGUCAAUGAUCCGCCAUUUUUGACAGUUUUAGUACUGAGUAUGCACUCAAGUGGCGAAUAUAGAGACGCCAUCCGGAACACCUGGGGGAGUUUGGCAAGGAAUAACUCGUGGCCAGGGUUUAAUAUCACAGAAAAAAUUAAACUUGUAUUCUUGUUCGGAACUGCUCAAAGUUCAACACAAAAUGAAGAGUUGAAAGCUGAGGCAAAACAAACUCGGGAUAUAGUUAUGUUUGAUUUUUUAGAGUCAUAUUUUAAUUUGACCUAUAAGGUCCUAAUGGGCUUUAAAUGGGUGCAAAAAUUCUGCCCAGAAACUAAAUUUGUGCUGAAAUGUGACGAAGAUACGUUUGUAAAUAUCCCCAAAGUAGUUGAAAGACUUCGUUCAAAAGAAUGGAAUACUAAAAUCGCUGGGCCAUAUUUCACGAACGAAAUAACGAGACGUGGUGGCAAGUACGAGGUUGCCGUGUCCGCUUACCCGUUUAGAAUAUAUCCAGCACACGUUAAAGGAAAUAUAUAUUUCAUGCCGACAGAUUUAGCCCGGAAACUUCUUAAUGCGAGUUAUUAUAUGCCGUACGUGAAUAUGGAAGAUGCAUAUAUAACGGGUAUUCUGGCCAAGUCUGUUGGGGGUAUUAACUACAAAGGGCUAAACCGAAAUGAAUAUUCUCCAUCUCGUGCUUUGAAGGGCUGUGAAUUUCUUUCAAAAGUUGCUUCACAACAAAUUCAACCCACAGAUGCUCGAGACAUUUGGAAGAAACUGAACAGUAAAACUGACUGUAAAUAGCGAAAUCAAUGGCGUCCUUGUCUCAUCCAUGGAGAGUGUGUGACUUAUAUGGGGUCUCAACAAAGCCUAAAAUCGAUUCAAAAAGUCUAUAAGUGGAAUUUUUUUUCAUCGCAACUGAUAUUGACAAAUGAUAGCACACCCCUUAACGUAAAAGGCGAAGUAAUACACAGACAAGAUUGGCGUGUUCAUCAAGGUUACGUGAUGUAUAGGAUAGAACUGUCUAAACACAUUGCAAAUGUUAUUCUAACAGGGGGUCGUGGUGGUUCAGUAAGUAAGGCACUGGCACACUAACCAGAGCGUCCGGAGUUCGAUCACGGGAUUUUUCAGCGUAGUUUCUCCUUUGUGCGGGAUGGAGCGGUCAGACAAGGACAGUGUCUAGUCGUUCGGAUGGGGCCAAAAAACUAGUUCCCCUGUACACAUCGGUGUGUACGUAAAAGAACCCUUGCCAGUUGGAAUUCGGAAUAAGAGUAGGCCAUAGCGCCCCUGCCAGAGCACAAUUUCCCUCAAUUCAUAGCACACUACAGAAAAGUAAGAAGUUAAAUCCCAUUUCAUUUCAUUUCAAUUAUUCUAGAAUAGAGAUCUUUGCUAAGAUUUGAAGAAUGGGAAAGGAAGGCCAGUUAUUGUCUGAAGGAGAGGGCGGUAACGGUGACUAUUUGAAUACUGAUAAUUCCUGCUGUGAAGAGGGGGGGGGGGAGGCACGAGAAUAUCUGGGUUUAUCUGGUGGAAACCAAAUAUUCAUACGCGUAAUUGACUAUCUCGAGAUCAGAAAAGACUUGUAAAAUAGACAAUUAUUUUAUGUUGAUUGUUUACAGUUAUAGUUAAUUCACAGAGCCCUAUAAGUAUAUGGUUUCCCCCUUGUCAGUGGUGCAGGACGGAAGGCCUGACAAGGACAGCUGUCUAGUCUUUCGGAUGGGACGAAAUCCUAGGUCCCGUGUAUACAUUGGCUUACACGUAAAAGAUCCCAUGGCAGUUGGAAUUCGAUAUACGCAUAGGCCGUAGCGCCGCUGUCCGGGCGUAUGCCCGUCUUCAUUAGCCCAUCAGGAGCAAUACAGUAGGACGUUAAACCCCAUUUUAUUUCAUUUCGUAUAAGUAUAAAAAAAGUCCUAUUUUGUUAUCAUUUAUUUGUUUGAAAGUUACUACUGUCUCCGAAAUAUGGACAAUCAAUUCUGUGAUCUAUGUUUAACAAAAACUGCCUUCAUAUUCAUUUCUUAUCAGACAUAUUAAAGGUAUGUAUGGUAUUCAUAGAAAAAUCUCUUGAUUUUUUAUUCUUCGGGUCAGAUUCGCAUAAAAUCGGAAUUUUGCUGGUAUUGGAAAAUUGCAAACAGACAAUUUAAAUUUAUCAAAAAUUGUAUGUAUAUACAAGAGUAAAAUAUAAACUGGUUAGGUAUGCCAACUCCUCAAAGGGAGAGAGAAAGAGCGAGAAAUGGGGUUUAACGUCCACUCGACACAAACUAGGUCAUUUCGGGACUAACAUAUGGUUUUAAUUUUAAUUUCAAUAAUUCGCUUGCGCGUAGGGGUCUUUAGCAGUGGGAGGAAACCGGAGGACCCGGAGAAAACCCACGAGGUUGGACAGGCGACCCUACUCCUUGUCACGUACAACCGGGGAUUCGAAACCACGCCAGUUGACUCAAUGACAGACAUUAUGAUACAGUGGUGUGGUUUGUUUUGUUAGAGUAAUUGUCUAUCAUUUUGAUCAUUACUUAGAGCCAGACGUGGAUUUUAGAAACCAGAGCUGCUACUGAUUCGGCGCACUAAAAAUUCACUGAAAAACCGCAUCCUUUAAAAAAAUACAUCUUUCAUAAUAGGAGCUUAACGUUUUACAAAUCAGGCUUAAAAUACACUCUGAAUAAGAUUUGCAAUUAUUUCUUUGCAGAUGAAUUAUAUUUGAUCAAUAAAGAUUAUGUACAUAAUAUACUUUUAUAAUCAAAGCUGGGUUGCUAUUUAUAAUCCAUGCGGUGUAGCCUCUAGAAAUUUAAUUCACGUAACUGUAUUGAUAUACCUGUAUGAGUAUACGGAACUAUGGCAACACAUAAUCAAUUAGUAAGUAGGCCUAUAUGUAAGACGAAGCAGCUCUUUAUUCAGUGUUCUUCAUUCCGCCCACACCUAGCAUCAUAAUGUCCCGCUUCGAUGAAUUUGGAGAAAGGUUUUUGGAAAAACGUUUUGCAAGAUUGGUUUUUGGAGAUUUAUAUUUGGAAAUUUGUUGUUCUAGAUUUGUUUUUCGUUGUAUGUCUCUGAAGAAAUGUAAAUGUAGGCUAAUUUUUUUGAUUUUCUAAAACGUAGUUUAAAUUAAAAUACAAUUAAAUCAAACAAAAAUACAAUUUACAAAUCUGAUAUUAAGAUACAAAUUUCAAUGUUAGUGUACAAAUGUCGAAAUACGAAAACAAUGAAGAAAAAAGAAUUAAGGUCUAUGAAUUAAGAACUAUGAAUUAAGAACUAUGAAUUACGAACACUGAAUAAAGAGAUGUUUGGUCUUCCAUAGUCCUAAUCAUUUCUGAACAAGCAUUAGGCCUAAAUGUUUUUUUCUGUGCGGUCGCGUUUGCUAUAUUGCGUUCUGUAAUCCAUGUGGACGGAGAUAGAAAAUAACUUUUAAAACAAAUAAUGAUAGUUUGAAUUGAAUUUAUUAAUAGGACUUCCUGAAUAAACUAUAACUUAUCGUUUAAAAUAUAAAUAGGCCUACCGGUAGUAAAUUAGUCAGAACUAGUAAAGCACCAACUUUUUCUCACUUUCUCUGAUCUCGUGACAAUCAAAACGUUUUAUUAGCCGUAGCAAAGAUCUCUAUGUUCAAAUAAAUUAUAUUUGGAAUGUAUUUCAGCAGUUCUAUCACAUUAUGUAACAUUGGGUGGACACGAUCAUUGAUAUAUUGUCCUUUAAAUUAAAGGUUGUAGUGUUAUGGUUAUAUGUUAAUUAAGAUUCGAUCAUUUGUUGGGGAUAGGGGUGUCGAAAGCUUUUUUUUUUAAAUGUAGAUUUCUGUAUAAUAGAAAACAAAAAACUUCAAACGUUGUCGCCUUUAGAUUAUUUACUUGGAAUAUUACAUUUUAUUGUAUUUUGAUUACCCGAUAUAAUAUGGGAGGUAACUCUAAUAUUUUGGGUCAUAUUUUAUAGUUAUCUCCCUUUAUAUAACCAUUGUCUUUUCGCGAAAAAAUGACAAUGACUGUGAUUCCCCAAGUCCUGAGAUCAUUCAUCACUCAGGAACUAAGAUGUGUAGGCGAAGUACAUAUACUUUAAUAUUUGACAAGUAGGAAUGAAUUUCAAAAUACGCCAAAUUCGAGAUAUUAAUACAGAAACUAGUAUAUAUUUAGAUAGUGCUUCAAAAGACAUUUGAAUGCCGACUGCUUUUUAUACAUAUAUAUAUAUAUAUAUAUUUUAUUUUCGUUUGUAACUCAAAACAAUUCGUAGGCUAAAUUACCUAUAUUUUACCUAAAUGCCAAGAUUUUAGUAUAUAAGUUCCAGGCAAUAAAUAGCACGACGUGCCUCUCAAUGAUGGAGCUAUAUCACAACAGACCCUCGAUCUGUGUUUGUAAUCGUGUUGGUCAUCUUGUCACCUGUAUUUAUUUGUCCAGUUGGUCAAUAAAAGAAUUAAUGAGGAGCCGGUGGGGUGUUUGAUUUAACCAUGUAAUAUAGAAUUGAACAAAUAAAGACAUGGGCUGAUGAAUGUAUGGUGAAUAAUACAACAAACCCAGUGUAAGGUUUUAUUGUUCGACAAUAGACGAGAUUAAAGAACAAGGGAGCGUAUUGUA